UUAAGACAGUUUUCAUUUUGCCUGUGCAUCGGAAACAUCUUGCGUUUAAAAAGUUAUUGCCAUUUCGCUUGUUCAAUAUCAUAGCCAAAGUGAAUUUUGAAGUUCAACAGUGCACUCCAGCGUUUUUUUUUUAAUGAUUGUUGAAAGUUCUCGAAAAGUCUAAUAAUCAGCAAACGGUAAAAAAGUGAUAAAACCAAAAGCUUACCGCUAACAAUACGAAGGAAAUCGUUUGACGUCAGCAAUACUUGAUCGCCACUCUCAUACGAUCCAAUUAAUGUCAGUCAGAGGCAGAACGGAAAGUUUAUCAUCAAAAGAAUUUCUACUUAUAAUUAUCAAGCCUCUGUGUUUGUAUACAAUCGGAUUUUAAUGAAUCCAAUCAAACGCAUCCCUUGCUGCUAAGUUUGCGGUGUUCUACGGUCACUCCGUACUAGAGGUCAAAAUUGCGCCGAUAAGCCUACCGAGCAGUCGCAUAAAAGAAUCUCAGACCGCCACCAGUGGUGCAAAGGAGUCCAGUAUUACUCACGUAUACUCCAUACUCGGCCUUAUGUUGAGCUACAGCCAAAAAGUGAAUCUAUCAGAAUUAAUGCUGCUGAAUGAACUCAUAGAACAUCUUAUAAACUCUAAUAUUACAUAACGUCAACUUCAAGUGAUAAAUCAUAAAGUCCAUUGAUCGGUUUAUCGAAAGUGGACGGAUUAUCAUUGAAGCACCAAUUUAGUGUGAAGCUACUGAAAGGGAAGUUGAUCAAAUCUCGAACCAAUAGGAAGUGUUUGUAUAUGAAAAGAGCCAAUCAUUGUUGACCGUUUGAUUGAUUGAUCCGUGCAAAGCGUUUCGAUUAUUGCUGGUGUUGAGAACUGAACCCUUGACAGAUUUUCAAGUCAUAAUGUACAUCCGAAUCGGAAUGAUGAAUCUCAAAAUCCUCUAUCUGUUGGUGGUGCUGGCGGUGUUAGCGCCACUGAUCAAAGGUCGAGCAGUGGAUCUUGAUCAGGAUAACUCACUCUCAGCGUCUUCCGGGUCGCGGUCAACCAAGCCUAAUUUUGUGAAAAUCACCUCUCAACCUCCAGCACAAUUAACCCAGGUCAGAGGCGCCACCAUUGAGCUCGAAUGUGAAGUGAUGGGCUCACCGACUCCAUAUGUCCAAUGGGUCCACGGUAGUGGUCAGACGGCAGAUUGGGAUGACGUGACCAUGAAUAUCAUCAGUGAAAGCAGUCCUACGACCAUGGCACGUGUGGUAUCGCGGCUAGUGUUGGACCACUCGUCACGGGCCGCUGAAAGUACAUACACUUGCAUUGGUCGAUCCGGAGGUCAAAUAGCUGUUGCAUCAACCACGGUCUACCACGUUGAUGCGCCGCGUUCUAAUUUUACCGACAUACUGAGGUCGGGUCAUCAUAUGUUCAUGCAUCUGAAGCCGGCACGAGUCACACUCCACUAUCGAGCACUUUUCGAGUACAUGGGAUCAACAGUUAUUCUGCCAUGUAAAGCUGUCGGACGUCCCGUACCCGAGAUCACCUGGAAAAAUGAAGAAGGCAAUGUCGUCAGCAGCAUGCAGGACCCACGGUUCCGGACUCUACCAACAGGGGAGUUGAUCAUCAAUGAUCUACGAUGGGCCGAUAUGGGAUCGUACACUUGCGUUGCUAAAAAUGCCAUCUCCAAAGAUGAAGCAGAAACCUUUCUGUAUCCAAUCCGACCAAACUAACUUCCACAGAAACGAGAUACGACACGGGCUACAUAACCAUAUGGAAUCAUGAACAAAGGAUCGGCAAAUGCAGAUCCACGGAUAGUUACUAUUUUCAACAGUCAGUAAUGAAUACUUAUGCCAUUUACUUAACUUAUUAAUCAGCACGUAGUAACAAAAUCCAUAAAAAGUAAUUUAUUUUAAAAAGUAUUUCAACAUUUUAACAAAUAAGUUUUUUGUCUUGAAUAUUAGCAGAUAAGUUUUCUAAAAUAUACCAACGUACAGAAUUGUAGAAUCUUGUCACUACAUUGUUAAAUAUAGAACGAAUUCAAAGAUAUGAAUUCAAGAUUGUCUGUAAAACGUUCCGGAGUGAUUCCGAAACUAUUUGUCAAAGCACAAGAUGCUUAGAAAGAAUAGGUAAAAUAAAAUGUUUUGAAGAAUAAAAAAA